AUGUCCUCACCUGCGGAGGAUCGAUUUAGUGGGAUUUAUCAACACAAUGUCUCGACGGAUUCCAGUCUGACCGAGCUCGGCUCGCGAUCGAACGUCUCCCAGGACACAACACUCGGCGAUGAUAAUAGCUCUGGUCGCACGCCAACUCCGGAGUUGAAGGAUGAGAAAGGACAACCCCAAUAUUUUAUAGAUGAGAAGGGGGAAGAGCGGGAAACGGUACCCGACGAUGAUCCGCUCCUUCGAGAUAUCCCGUGGGCGGUUCGACGGGUGGUGAGCCUGGAGGACGACACAACUCUACCUGUUAUUACUUUUCGAUAUUUCUUUCUCACGUUCCUGUUCGUCGUACCUGGAGCAAUCCUCGGCCAAAUCGUUCAAUACCGAACCACAUACGCGCCUUACUCAAUAUUCUUUGUACAGAUUGCUUCGAAUUAUGUUGGGGAUUGGCUUGCCAGAUUUCUACCUGACUGGCGGGUCCGGAUACCAUUUUCCAAAUGGAGCUUUACACUUAAUCCAGGUCCCUUCAGCGUCAAGGAACAUGUCAUGGUAGUUAUUGCAGCAUCAUCUGGUGCUACUUAUAACCUCGCCUACGCGCCUAUUUCGAUGUCGGAGCUUUACUUUGAUAAGAAGAUCCACCCCGCCAUUGCUCUCUUCUUCAUGUGGGCGGUUGUGAUAAUUGGGUAUGGUUAUGCAGCAAUUGGGCGUCAUUUCUUGGUCUACGAUCCCCAAUAUCCAUGGUAUCAAGCCCUGUGCCAAGCCGCGUUGUUUGAGACCCAAACGAAACAAAGGCAGUCGCCUUCCCCGGUAUCCAGAAGGCAGACGAUGGUUUUCUUUAUGGUUCUUGGUGCCGUCACCGUCUGGCAGUUCUUCCCGGAAUUUAUAUUCCCUAUGUUGCAAUCGUUAGCCUUUCUCUGCUGGGUCGCCCCCGGCAAUGAAGUCGCAAACUUCAUCGGCGGAGGCUUAGGUGGUAUGGGAUUCCUGAACCUGUCCCUCGACUGGGCCAAUAUCAGUGGUUUCAGUCAGAUGGGAAGCCUGUUCUUGACGCCAUGGUGGACCCAGGUUAUCGUUUUCGUCGGAUUUGUAGUAAACUGCUGGGUUCUUCUCCCCCUCUCAAAGUGGGGCGGACUCACUUCAUGGAAUCAUCACCUCAUGUCAAAUCGACUAUAUACUGAAAACGGCACCUCUUAUCCAAUCCUGUCCAUCAUGACCGAUAAGCCAGACCUCAACGAGACUGCGUACGCCGAAAUUGGUCCUCCCUUCGUAAGCGCCCAGCUGCUUUGGGGAAUGUUCUUCGACUUCGCCACUUAUACUUCGGCGUUGGUUUGGAUGGGCAUCUUUGGAUUCCCGCUACUUAAAUCUAUCUAUAAGAAGUACCGAGAACGAUCUCAUAAUAACCACAAGCUAUCGGUAAAUGAGCAAUACACAGACCAGCUCAAUGUGCUUAUGCGGUCAUACAACGAAGUGCCUCUCUCAUGGUACAUGGCUCUUAUUGUAAUCUCAGCCAUCAUCCUCUUCACCACUGUGGGGAACUCAGAUCUGUAUAUUCCUUGGUGGACGAUAUUUGUAGCAAUGGGAACUGGAGCUCUUGUGGUUGUGCCUCUCGGGUGGCUUUUUGCAGUAUCUAAUUUCCAACUCGUUAGUACCCAACUCGAAGCCAAGUCUUUCUAUAGGAUGCAAAGCAGACCUAUCGGGACUGUCAAUGAACUUUUCUACGGAUUGAUGGUCAACGCCGUUUCCGGGUACAAGAACCCAGUCGGCGCUUUUGUUUACAGCACCAUUGCUGGAGAUGCAUGGUAUCGUGCCCAGAUUAUGCUCCAGGACCAGAAACUGGGGCAUUAUAUGCACAUUCCGCCAAAGGCCCUCUUUUUCUCCCAAAUAUUUGGCUCCGUGAUCGGGGUGCCUAUCAAUUACGCCGUUGUGAGAUGGGUACUGGACACAAAGGCCGACUUUCUGUCAGGGGCGAAAAUCGAUCCCACACACCAGUGGACAGGCCAGUCCCUUGCCUCCUCACUAACUAUUGGAGUUCAAUAUGUUUUGAUCGGCCCUAUCCGAUUAUUUCAGACUCCGUUGUACCGAAUAAUUCCAUGGGGGUUUGUCCUCGGUGCUGGCACUCCCGUUGUACUCUACGGCCUACAUCGGUGCUUUCCUCGUGCCAAGUUCACCCUAUGGAACAGUACUAUUUUCUAUUGUACGCUGGGGUCGUUCUGGGGUAACGUAACGUCGGGCACCACAUCGAGCAUCAUCGGCGGCUUCUUCGUCAUGUACUGGGCAUAUCGGCAUCACUACGAGUUGUGGGCGAGAUAUAAUUACAUCCUCGCCGCUGCGUUUGAUGCGGGAUUCAAUCUCAACUUGCUAAUAAUAUUCCUCGCCUUUGGAGCCGGGAAAAUUGUGACGAUGCCCAACUGGUGGGGGAAUAAUGAAGAUUCGGUCGAGCGCUGUUUUAGCAUGCCUAGUGAUUAA